AUGAGCGCCCUCAACAACACUGCUCCGCGCUUCCGGAACCAGCAGGCAGCCCCCCAGCUUCCGCCGGUGUUGCCGCCUGGAUUCACACCCACUCUCGAUGUUCCCCCACGAUUAGCCAACAUUGUCACACCGGUGGCUACCCCGCUUGCGACUCCGUUAGCUCCGCCUCCUCCCCCACCAUUGCAUGCUUCUCCGUCGAACGGCAACCUCCACCUCGCCUUCAGGAACUCUGGAUCGCAUACUCUCGGACCGACGUUCAGCGACGAGGAAGACGGCGACGAUUCGGACUUUAUCGCUGCCAAGAUGGCUGCCCUGGGCAUCGACAGGGGUGGUCGCCGGAGUCACAGUUUUCAUUACACGAGCCAGCGUGGACGGACCCUGUCGACCCAGUCGUCGUCGACGGACCUGCAGCGUAAGGUUCAAGCACAACAGCAGUUGCUUCAGCUGCAGAUCCUCAAACAGCAGCAGCAGCAGGCCGCGGCGGCCCAGCAAGCUGCCGCCAUUCAGGCGGUGCUCUUGCAGAAUGCUGCCAGCGAUCCGCAGCAACUGCGCGAGGCGAUGGCUCUCCUCGACCUGCAGAGAGCACAGAUGAAUGCCAACGCCCUCGCGCAGUCAAACGCCGCGGCAGCUCUCCAGCAGCGGGCGGCUGCUAUCAACGCACAGUCGUAUCAGCAGGCGUUGCAACAGCAGAUCCUUGCUCUGCAGGCACAGUAUGCGGCAGUCACCGGAGGCCAUGUCGUUGGUCACCCCUCGCAACGUCACACGAUUGCUUCGCAGCUCGAGGCUGGCACAUUGCGUCGCGAGCGGGAACGGGAGCGCGAGCGAUCUCGGUCGCGGCCGAUGAGUCCUCUCAACGAUCAGCAACUGAGGGCGGCCUUCGAAAACGCCCCGAAUGCACCCAUGAUCUCGCCACCCAUUGACUCUGCCACCGGAGUGGGAUGGACGUCCUCUUCUCGUAAGGGAUCGAUGUCGGCGGGAGAGUGGUCUUGGAAUGCCCCUCCGCGCACAUCAUCCACGUCGACGAUCGCCAGCUCCCGCGCUUCAUCACCUGUGACGGCAACAUACCCUCAGCAGCCUCUCGGACGAUUUGCACGGACUCGGCAGGAUCUCGCCGCCGCUCAAGCUGCCGCGCCCGGUGCUCCUCCCCUGACCGCCCUGUUGAGCCGGUACCGCCAGAUCGAUGACGAUAAUGAAUCGGCUUUGUCUCUGUCUGAGACCCUCGCCAACUCUCCCACUUCGGAGCACCCGUCGCAGGUCAACCGCUUCAGCAGCGGAUCAAGCAGCACUCAGAGCUCGCAGAACACGCGGAAGUGGUCGGUCGAAUCUCGCUUCUCGACCAUGUCAACGGCAAGCGAGCGAAAGUGGAGCGUCGAGUCCAGGAAGGUGUCAUCCGAGUCCGACCACACGAUCAAGGAGCCCGCAACGUACUUCGACUGGGGCUACCAUGCGCCCGCACCCCGAUCCCAUUCCUUCUCUUCACCACAGCUGAGCCCAAACAAGUUUGCGUCUCGUGUACCCGUUGUGGAGCCUACACCAGUGAGCGCUGUCAUGCGCCAGCCUUACGGACCGCCACACUCUGCCGACGAGUUGUCCGACAAGAAUUUUGCGUCGUCCGUCCGCAAAAAGGUUAGCCUCAACCUUGGAAUGCUGAGCCGUCGCACUUCAGGCAUCGAGACGGAGGCAUAG